AUAAAGUGUUUCUGUUUGGUAUAAAAUGUAAGUGAAGUGAUACAGCCUAAUGGGCUAGUUCAAAUUUGUAUAUUUUACAAAAAAAACAUUUAAGCAUGGACGCUGCACGCAUUGUGCCAGCCAGUGAAAGUCAACAAACAAGCAUGCGCAACUCAAGAGGAAGCAAAUGUUCACUGGAGUAAGCUGCUUUUGUUAGCAAGAGUAAGCAAACAUUAAGUAUGUCUGAAAAUAACGCCAGUGGGGUUAGUGUGCCGGACGAAGAAGAAUUGGUUAAAAAAAAGGGGGCCUCUUCUGUCGUUUGGAAAUGGUUUGGUUUCAAAUUAUCCGACAUCGACCAACAAACAGUAGUCUGUGAGUUGUGUCGUCGAAUUGUGCUAGCCAAAGGUGGAAACACUAGCAAUCUUUUUCACCACCUGAAAGCCAUGCACGUGCGCGAAUAUGAACAAUGAAUGUGUUUAACAAAUCCCCAGAGAAGCUGAGAAAUUCCCAAAACGUCAACAAGCCAGACCCACACUCUGCUAUCAAUCGAGGCAUCAUUUGUUACUGGUAUUCACAUAGCAAAAGACAUGCUAACAAUUCAAACAGUGGAGAAAGAUGGUUUCAGAAAGCUGAUUCGAACACUAGACCCAAGAUACGAGAUCCUGAGCCGUAAAUACUUAAAGACAUGUCUGAAAUCUCUACAUGGAAUGCAAGAACAGAGUUGCCAACGAGAUCAAUAAAACUAUAUUCUUCUCCACCAAUGCAGACUUAUGGUCAAGCCGGACCACAGAGCCUUACAUAAGCCUUACAAUUCAUUAUAUUGACGACAACUGGAAGCAGCAAAGCAAGUGUCUUCAGACCUCAUAUUUCCCAGACGUCCACACCGGAGAAAUAAUUGCAGCUGUGCUGAGGGAGGCACUCCCGUCCUGGGGCUUGGAAGAUUCGCGUCAAGUUUGCAUGACUACCGACAGUGGAGCGAACAUGGUCAAAACAUUGGCGCUAAACAGAUGGACAAGACUAGGGUGUUUCGGACACAGGCUACACAUCGCUAUUGAGAGGAGUGUCCAAAACGAACCUCGGCUUUCCCGGGACACAGGAGUGUGCAAGAGAGUGGUCAGCACAUUUUCCUAUAGUUUCAAGAAACAGAAGGCCCCAAGUGCACAGGACAAACUGAACCUGCCCCUCCACAAACUCAUCAUGGAAUCCCCGACAAGCUGGGGAUCUCGACUGCAGAUGAUGGAAAGAGUCCUGGAGCAGGAAAAGGCCAUCACACAUGUCCUUUCAGCAGACAAGAAAACAAGGCACCUUGCACCCAAUUAUCAAGACAUUGAUGUCUUUGAAUGUAUCAUGGCAGCACUUAAACCCCUCCAGGAAUUUACAGACGCCUUGUCAGGAGAGGCAUAUGUGAGUGUGUUGUAUCUUAAACCAGUCCUCCAUUUGUUCAAGACGGAGGUUCUGAAAUCAAAUGAGGGUGAAGCCCAACUGACCCGAGACAUCAAGAUGAGGGUAGUUGAUUACCUAUUUGACAAAUACACCAACCCUGAAACAGAUGAGUUGCUUACCAUGGCUACAUUUCUGGACCCAAGGUUCAAGAAUACAUACAUGACCACUGAGAAGCUGGUGGAGGUGAAGGUGAGAGCUGCCUCUGAGGCGGAAGCCCUGCUGGUAGGGAACACUGCUGUGGAAGGGGAUUACAGAGAGAGAGACAAGCUGCCACUGCUCCAAAAUCAGCCUUGGAAGCUUCUUUAAGAAUACCAAUAG